GCCCGUGCCGUGCCGUGCCGUGCCGUGCCGUGCCGUGCCGUGCCGAGCCGCCCGCCCCUCGCCGCGCCGCGGAGGAUGCUCGGGCCGUGAGCCCGCAGCCGGCAGCCCCGGCGCCGCGGAGCCAUGGGCAAGGACCAGGAGCUGGUGCAGGCGGUGAAGGCGGAGGACAUCGCAGCCGUGCAGAAGCUGCUGCAGAGGCCCAAGCCCGGCAAAGCCAAGCUCCUUGGAUCGGCAAAGAGAGUCAACGUCAACUUCCAAGACACCGACGGGUUCUCGGCUCUGCACCAUGCGGCGCUCAACGGCAACACGGAGCUCAUCUCGCUGCUGCUGGAGGCGCAGGCUGCCGUGGACAUCAAGGACAACAAAGGCAUGAGGCCCCUGCACUACGCGGCUUGGCAGGGCAAGAAGGAGCCCAUGAAAAUGGUGCUGAAAGCGGGUUCUUCCGUGAACAUCCCGUCAGACGAGGGCCAGAUCCCCCUGCACCUGGCAGCCCAGCAUGGGCACUACGACGUGUCGGAGAUGCUCCUGCAGCACCAGUCCAACCCCUGCAUCAUGGACAAUUCGGGGAAGACCCCCCUGGAUCUGGCGUGCGAGUUUGGCCGGGUCGGGGUGGUCCAACUGCUCCUGAACAGCAACAUGUGCGCGGCGCUGCUGGAGCCCAAACCGGGGGACGCCACCGACCCCAACGGCACCAGCCCCCUGCACCUCGCCGCCAAGAACGGCCACAUCGACAUCAUCCGGCUCCUGCUUCAAGCCGGCAUCGACAUCAACCGGCAAACCAAGGCGGGCACGGCGCUGCACGAGGCGGCCCUGUGUGGCAAAACGGACGUGGUGCGGCUGCUGCUGGAUAGCGGGAUCAACGCCCACGUCAGGAACACCUACAACCAGACGGCUCUGGACAUUGUCAACCAGUUCACCACCAGCCAGGCCAGCAAGGAGAUCAAGCAGAUGCUGCGGGACGCCUCGGCCGCUCUGCAGGUCCGGGCCGUCAAGGAUUAUUGCAACAACUACGACCUGACCAGCCUCAACGUGAAAGCCGGGGAUGUCAUCACCGUGCUGGAGCAGCACGCGGACGGGCGCUGGAAGGGCUGCAUUCACGACAACCGGACCGGCAACGACCGCGUGGGCUACUUCCCCUCCAGCCUCGUCGAGGCCAUAAGCAAACGAACAGGGUCCCGUGGGGCCGACAUGAGCCCGUCCCACCUCUCGCCGUCGCAGGGCGGAUCGGCCGCGCCGGCUCCCGCCGAGGAGAUCUGGGUGCUGCGGAAACCCUUCGCAGGUGGUGACCGCAGCAGCCUGGGCAGCACGGGCAGCGUGGCCUCUGCCCGCAGCUCGGGGAGCGGGCAGAGCGCGGGCAGCGGGGCGCACGCCCUGCACGCUGGCUCCGAAGGCGUCAAGCUGCUGGCAACGGUCCUUUCCCAGAAGGCUUCUGCGCAAGAGACUGUCGUGGGCGAUGGGCCGGCCAAGGCGCAGGACAUCCCCGCAGGUUCGUCGCGGUCGCAGAGCGUGGCCAGCUCCCCGUACGCCCCCCAGCCCCCCGCCGAGCCCCAGCUGAAGAAGAUGGAGCCGCCGUCGGAGGGGAAGAGCUCGGAGGCCGUGUACCAGUGGCUCUGCAAGUUCCAGCUGCAGCUCUACGCUCCCAACUUCAUCAACGCCGGCUACGACAUCACCACCAUUAGCCGGAUGACGCCGGAGGACCUCACGGCCAUCGGUGUCACCAAGCCGGGGCACAGGAAGAAGAUCGCCUCUGAGAUCAACAACCUCAACAUCCCCGAGUGGCUGCCGGAGUACAAGCCGGCCAACCUGGCGCUGUGGCUCUCCAUCAUCGGCCUGUCCCAGUACUACAAGGUGCUGGUGGAGAACGGCUACGAGAACAUCGACUUCAUCACCGACAUCACCUGGGAGGACCUGCAGGAGAUCGGCAUCACCAAGCUGGGCCACCAGAAGAAGCUGAUGCUGGCGGUGAAGAAGCUGGCGGAGCUGCAGCGCGCCGAGCUGGGCAAGUACGAGCCGGGCACGCUGAAGAGGAAGGCGGCGGCGGCGGCGUGCCCGGAGGUGCUGGCCAUCGAGUCCCCCCCGCCGGAGCCGCCCGAGUGCCAGUCGCCCAAGAUGACCACCUUCCAGGACAGCGAGCUCAGCAGCGAGCUGCAGGUGGCCAUGACCGGCGAAGCCCCCGAGGAGCCCCCCGAGAAGGCGGCGAACCCCGCGGCCCCCGGCUACCGCUCGCCCCCAGGGCUGGGCGGCCGCGCCAGGCUGAUGAGCAGCUCGCAGGAGCUGCUGGGGGACGGCCCGCGGGCCCCCCCGGCCUCCGCCAUCUCCAAGAGCCAGGAGUACCUGGCGGAGGGGGCCGGCGAGGGCCCCCCCGCGCCGCCCAAGGAGGGACGCCCACCCCGGCACGGCCACCCCGUCAAGCGUGCCAGCGUGCCACCGGUGCCCGGCAAGCCCCGGCAGCCCUUCCCGCCUUCCGCCGGGCAGCUGACGCCGCCGCAGACCCCCGGCAAACCGCGGCCCCCCUCCCCGCAGGGCCCCCACGCCACCGCCAAGGUGAAGCCCACCCCGCAACUGCUGCCGCCGGGCGAGCGCCCCGCGUCCCCCCGCUCCCUGCCCCAGUCGCCCACCCACCGUGGCUUCGCCUACGUCCUGCCGCAGCCCGCCGAGGGCGAGGGGGGACCCCCGGGGGUGCCCGUCCUGCCCGUCUCGGUGCCGGUGCUGUGCCUCCCGCCGGCGGGCGAGGGUGAGGAGGAGCCGGGGAGGCCGAAGAAGCGGGCGCACAGCUUGAACCGCUACGCCGCCUCCGACAGCGAGCAGGAGCGGGACGAGCUGCUGGUGCCGGACGCGGGGCCUUACGCCACCGUCCAGCGGCGCGUGGGGCGCAGCCACUCGGUGCGGGCACCCGCCGGCGGCGACAAGAACGUCAACCGCAGCCAGUCCUUCGCCGUCCGCCCCAAGAAGAAGGGGCCCCCGCCGCCCCCGCCGAAGCGCUCCAGCUCCGCCAUCUCCAGCGCCGGCAUGGCCGAGGACUUCCCCAAGGAGGGCGAGGGCGAGGCGGCCGCCGGGCCCCCCCCGCCCACCACCACCACCACCGCCGCCGCCGAGGGGGAGAGCCGCCGGGAGCAGCGGCGAGCCAGCGACCUGGGGGGCAGCGUGGACACGGGCAGCGCCGGCAGCGUGCGCAGCAUCGCGGCCAUGCUGGAGAUGUCCUCCAUCGGCGGGGGGGGCCCGGGCGCUGGCGCUGCGCCUGAGGGCUACUACCUGCAACCGGGGGCUCCCCCGGGCAGCCCCGAGCGCGCCCGCGUAGCCACCGUCCUGGCCACCGUCAAGCACAAAGAGGCCAUCGGGCUGGACGGGGAGGUGGUGAACCGGCGCCGGACCAUCAGCGGCCCCGUCACCGGGCUGGUGGCCGCCGCUCGCCGCGAGCGUGCCGACAGCCUGCGGUCGGAAGCCGGCGGCGACGGCCCCGGUGACCGGCUGCGGGUGGAGCGCGGCGGCUCCCCGGACGGCAUCCCCUUCGCCGAGGAGGGCAACCUCACCAUCAAGCAGCGCCCGCGGCCCCUGGGGCCGGCCCGGGGGGAGACGGGCGAGGGGUUGUCCCCAGCCCACCGCCACGGGGACCUGGGCAAGGUGGAGGCCAGCGCCACGCUCAAGCGGCGGAUCCGGGCCAGGCAGAGCCAACAGGACGGCGUCCGCUUCGUCCUCACCGAGUCCGACACCGUCAAGCGCCGGCCCAAAGCCAAGGACAAGGAGCCGGCGCUGGAGCCCCCCACGCUCGCCGUCUACCAGAACGGCACCGGCACCGUCAAACGGCGGCCGCCCCCCGAGCUGAGCGGGGCCGAGCCGCCCCCCACCCCGCCGCCCGCCGCCCGCCCCGACGGCCCUGACUACGCCCCGGUGCCCGCCGAGCCCAAGAAGCCCUUCAAGCCGCCGGUGUCCCCCAAACCCGUGCUGACGCAGCCGCCCCAGAAGGUCCCAGGGCCGCCGGCACCCAUCCCCAAAAAGGUGCCCAUCCCGAGCCCCGGCAGCCCAGAGGUGAAGAGGGUCCACGGCACGCCGCCCCCCGUCUCCCCCAAGCCUGUGCCGCCCCCCACGGCGCCCAAGCCCCCCAAACCCCACGCCGCCAUCCAGUCGGUGAGCGCCGGUUCCACGCCGGCCCCGUCCCCGGCCCGGCAGCUGGGCACCGCCGCCGCCAAGCCCUCCAGCACGCCGCCCUCGCUCUGCUCCAGCCCCGCCAAGCCCCUCUCGCCCGGCGCCCAGCCCCAGCAAGUGCCGGUGAAGCCGCCGCGCUCCGCCAUCGCCGGCCCCUCCGCCGACAGCGCCGGCCCCGAGCUGGCGCAGCAGAAGCUGGAGGAGACGAGCGCGUCCCUGGCCGCCGCGCUGCAGGCCGUGGAGGAGAAGAUCAAGCAGGAGGACAGUCAAGCGGCAGACUCGGCCGCGGAGUCGAAGAGCACCGUGAGCAUCCUGGACGACAUCGGCAGCAUGUUCGACGACCUGGCGGACCAGCUGGACGCCAUGUUGGAGUGAGGGGCACCAAGGCCCCCGCGAACCUCAGGGCUUACGUGGGCACAAGGGCACAACGAUCCACGACACCCCCCCCCCCCCCAAUCCUCCUCCCCUCCUCAACAUCCCCCCCCCCCCGGGCCCCCCCGGCCUGCCCCAUCCCCUUUGUACAGCCGUCCCCUCCCGGACAUCCCGUCCCUCGGGGUUUGCACAAAGAAGAAGAUACCUCAGGAUUGUGCUCACGGACUCGGCGCCGGCUCCGGCAGGACUCCCUUUUGCAAAAGCAAAAAAACAAAACAAAAAAAAAAACCAACAGAAGAAAUGAAGCAACACGCCCUGGACCGAAAAGGCGCCCACCGGCUGCCGGGGGUGCGGGGGGGUCUCUCCCCCCACCUGCCCGGUGGUGGCCACGGCCCCAAUGUAGCACAAGCCCUGCCCGGCGCGGUGGCGCAGCCGCGUGUCGCCGGUGGCGUUUGCUGGUGGCGGGUGGGCAAAUGCACUUGGGUUUCUUUUCUCCUUUUUUUUUUUUUUUUUUAUAUAGAUAUAUAUAUAUUUUUUUUUAAUUAUUUUUUUUAUUUUUUUUAAAUUUUCUUUCUCCGUUGGCGUUUGCCGGGGGCGGGCAGGGCGCGGGGUCCCGCCGCGGCAUCGCACGAGCCUUGGGCUGGCGUGGGGGAUGCUCCGUGGGGCGGGGGGGGGGGGGGGAUGCUCCCCGAGGGGCCCGGCCGUGGGGCUCCCCUUCGCAGGGCGGGGGCUCACCUCAGGCGUGAAAAAAGGGUUUUUUUUUUUUUUUUUUUUUUUUGUUUGUUUGUUUGUUUGCUUUUUGUUUGUUUGUUUGUUUUUUUGGGGGAUUUUUUGUUGUUUUUCUUUGCGUUGGUUGUGAAAUGGGGAGCGAACGCCCCGUCUCGGGGCCCUCGGCGGUGCGGGGGGGCAGCGGGACGUGCCCCUGCCCGGCCCCUCCCCGCAGCGGGGGGGGGGGGGUGGACAGUGAUAAGCUAUAAAGAAGUAUUAAUUUAUUGGCGGGGAAAAAAAAAAAAAGAAAAAAAUAUAAACCAGAUUUUCCCCCACCCCCCGAAAUAAUAAAAAGAAUAAACUUUAACAAAUAUAUAUUUAAAAGAUUUUAAAAAUAUUAGCAAUUAUAUAUAAAGCAGUUUAAAAGAAAUCAAGAGAAAACUGGAUUUUAGCUUGAGAAAAACUAUUAGAUUAUACUAAGCUGUGUGUCUUGUGGCAAACUCAUUCUAAGAGUAGCACAAUAUUUACCUUUUCUCCGGGUGGAAGGUACGUGCGAGCAGUUCUGUUCGGGUCUUUCCGUUGGGAUUCAGUGUCACGUCUUUAUUUUUACACCGUUAAGAACUCAAAGGAUGUGCCUUGUUUUAUGGACGUUUUCGUUAAUUCUUAUACUGGAGGUGUUUGAUUUCUUUUGGAGUGUCUUCAGGGUUUGGUUUUGUUUAUUACUCUUUUUUUUUUUUUUUUUUUUGUUCUUUUUCCCAGCAUUUCUUUGGUGUGCGCGUGUGUGGGUGUGCGUGUGUGUGCACGCGGGGGGUGCGUGUGCUCGCGUGUGUUCUCCGGGACGCACCGCUGUAUAUUCAUGUAUAAACUGGAGUUGGAGUCUGGUUCAGUCGCUUGAGUCCUGAUGAAUGCAUUUUUUGCUUGUGGUUUCAAAACGAAGUGUUGCUGUUCCUUUCUUUUCUUGAGACGUAGAGUGGUCUCUCCCUCCACCUUCCUCUCCCUCCCUCUUUCCCCCACCCCCCCCCCCCCCCGCCCCGUCUCUCCCAUUGUGGUCACUGAUCCAGAUGUGUUUGGCACAACUUUGAAAUUUCUUUUAAAAAAAAAACAAAACAAAAAACAACAAAAAAGACUUUAAAAAUAGUAAAAAAAAAAAAAAAAAUCACCCGCCUGAAAAUAUCUGUUGAAAAGAAAAAAUAUGUAUCUAAAAAAAUUAAUCCAUAAAGUUCUACAUGAUGGAUAUAUACAUAUAUAUAUUUUUUAUGAUUAAGUUAUGGACUCUGUAUCGUAUCCCAUCUGUCAAGCUAUGCAUCUUGGUGCUUCUCCCUGCUCCUCUGUGCUUAGAUUUCACCUCUACUUGUCUUAUUCUUCCUAUUCUGAAUAGUAGAUGGCUCGUGGUGCUGUGAAGAAGUUUGCUCCUAUACGAAGUCUGGCAACAAAUAUUUAAAGAAAAAUAAUAAAAAAAAACCAAAACCAAAACC